GACGCAUCCAUCACCUUUGUCGCAAAUCUUCUCGAGACAGCCAUCGUUGCCGCGCAACUUUAUCACAAAGCCAAGAUGAUUAUUCCCAUCCGUUGCUUCUCCUGCGGAAAGGUCACUGGCGACCUUUGGGAGCGUUACCUUCAACUGAUCGCAGAUCCCCGAAAGACCGAUGGUGACGCUAUGGACGAGCUCGGUCUGAAGCGAUACUGCUGCCGCCGCAUGAUCAUGACCCACGUUGAUCUUAUCGAGAAGCUUCUCAAGUACACACCUGAUGGCCGAAACGAGAAGAAGCAGCGUCUCAACGAGAACGAAUAA